AUGUGGAGGUAAUAAUAUUUAAAUAUAAAAAAAUAAAAAAUAAAAAAUAACUAAAAAUAUUAUUAAAAAUUUAAAAAUAAAUUAAAAAACGAAGGCUAAGUUUUUGUAGUUGAUGAAAGAUAUGAAUUAAUUAAAUAAAUAGGUUAUGGCGCAUAUGGAGUAGUUUGUUCAGCUUUAGAUAAAAAAACUGGUCAGAAAAUUGCAAUAAAGAAAGUACAUAAUGCUUAUGAUGAUUUAAUAGAUGCAAAAAGAAUUGUAAGAGAAAUAAAAUUAUUAAAAUUUUUCGAUCAUGAUAAUAUUGUGUCUAUAUUAGAUAUAAUAAAACCUAAUUUACCUACAGGUGAUGAAGAUAUAUACAUAGUAUUUGAAUUAAUGGAAACUGAUCUUCAUAGAGUAAUAUACUCGCGUUAAGAUCUUUCUGAUGAACAUAUAUAAUAUUUCUUAUAUCAAAUUUUAAGAGGAGUUUUAUAUAUUCAUUCAGCAAAUGUAAUUCAUCGUGAUUUAAAACCUUCUAAUUUAUUAUGUAAUAAAAACUGUGAUUUGAAAAUAUGUGAUUUAGGGUUAUCUAGAGGAUACGAAGAAGAAGAUGAAUUCAAAACUGAAUAUGUUAUAACUAGAUGGUAUAGAUCUCCUGAAGUAAUUUUAAAUGCAAGUGAAUACACAAAAGCAGUUGAUAUAUGGUCCAUAGGUUGUAUUGCGGCUGAAUUAGUAGGCCGAACUCCUUUAUUUCCUGGCGAAAAUUACCUUGAUUAAGUUCAACGAGUAAUCGCUAUAUUAGGAACUCCUACAGCAGAAGAUAUGUCAUAUAUAGGAAAUGAAAAUGCUAUAAAAUAUAUAAAAUCAUUACCUAAAAGGACUAAAUAACAAUGGAAAAACCUCUACCCUAACGCAAAUCCUUUACUUUUAGAUUUAAUGGACAAAAUGUUAACAUUUAAUCCUGACAAAAGAUGUACUGUUAAAUAAUGUUUAGAACAUCCAUAUUUUGAAGGAUUACAUUAUCCAGAUGAAGAACCGGAAUGCGAAUAACCUUUUGAUUGGAGUUGGGAUUCGAAAUUUACUUUGACAAAAGAAGCUUUAUAAAAAAUUGUUUAUAAGGAAAGUUUAUAAUUUUAAAAUUAAUGA